AUGUCGUCUAUUCUGUUAACAUCAUCAUUUAAUUCUAGCAUAACUCAAGAAAAUAUUCUCGUGCCUACUGCUACAACGCCAAUUCCAGCUGCAAAUCCUUAUGAUCAUCAAGGUGCUGCACUCUACAUAGCUGUUAUUCUUGUUUGGUAUUCCACUGGUUUAGCUAUGAUGCUUUUUCUUCAAGUACGCCCACGUACAUUACAACAACAAUUUUUACUGGAUUCAUCAAAUUUAUCGAGAAAAGAUCGCAUUCAAAAAAUGACAGCCAAUCCAUUUACAAACUAUCGAAAUAUUGAAGCUGAUCAUACAACAAAACUAAUAUUAAAUGAAUUAAAAGAUCCUGAACGACGACAACGUCUAUGGAAAAUCUAUUAUGAAUCAGCAGACAAAGAAAACCAAUCAAAUGAAAAAUAUUAUCAAACAAUUACAUCAGAUAGUGCUACGAUUGAUCGUAUCAAACGACGAUUAGCUGAUAUACAUCGAAUGGAUUCAACUCAUGAUCGCGAAUUACCACCAGCAUCAUCACAUGUUGUUCAGCCAAACGAGAGCCGAAUAUCGACUGUUGGUUUUGAUACAACAAAACUAUUUUCUAAACGUUUUUCGUUACGUCGACCAGCUCAUACUACAUUAUUAAAUAAUCGAUCAAACUCAAAUCGUAGUCAAAAUCAGCAAUCGACUAAUAAUGCUGUUGAAAUGGAGCUUCUGAUUGAUAGAAAACAAUCAUCGUUGGUACCUUCAGAAACUAGUGUACCUCAACACAAUAAUACAGGUUCAGAACGAUUUACUGUCGAAAAAGUAUCUGAUCUUAAACUAGCGAAUGAUACUAUUAAUGAAGACGAAUCAGAAUAG